AUGCAGGAGAUAAAUAGGGCUUAUGAAGUUUUAGGCAAUGAGGAAUUAAGAAAAAGGUAUGAUUUAGGAGAAACCCAGUUUACUUUUACUGCUUCGGAAUCUAAUUAUAGUCAUGAAGAAGAAUUAAAAAAUAUAAGUGAUGAAUUGAAGAGAUUAAGGGAAGAGCAAAAAAUUUUGGCUCGUAAAGAUGUGAUAAAUAUAGUGGACUUUGAAAUGUUAAUAACCGAAAUUUUUCCUAGCAAACUAGAAAGAAUAAAUAAUCCUUAUUUUGAUAAAACUAAGUCUCAUGCUAUUGAAGCAAUAGAGGAAGCGAUGAAAGAAAAAGACUUAAAAUCCCAAAAUAAUCAAACUGAUUUAGCCAGAGAGGUCAAUAACUUAAAACAAUUAGUCCAGCAAUUAGAAAAGGAAGUUAAUCAAUUAAAAGCAGAAAUUCAAGAACUAAAAAAAGAAAAUGAUAAUAGUCCUGAACUUAAUUCUUACCUUACUAAAAAAGAAAGUGAAUUACAAAGCAAGCAGUCUAAAUUGGGGCAGUUAAGAAGUAUUGUGGAGAUUGGAAGUUCUGAAAGCAAAAAGCCCAAAUCAGAUAAUAAAUUCCCAACUGGCUUAGUUGUUGGUGGAGUUAUUAAUUCAAUAGUCUCGCCAAAACAAGUGAUCGGAAAAGAAUUGGCAAGCCUACUUGUCAAAGGCAAGAAAUGUGCUAAAUAUCCCUAA